AUGCCUUCGCUGUGGAAACGGAUAACGUUCUCGGUGGCUUCGGUGCUCUGCGUCGGCUCGGUGGCGCUCCUGGUCGUGGCCCUGUCCACGGAGCGGUGGGUCACCGGACGGCUCCUGUGUAAAACCGGGGCUGAGAUUGUGAACGCGUCCCACCCGGAGAUGGAGCAGUUCAUCGGGGACAUUUACUACGGCCUGUUCCAGGGGGGGAAGACCAAGAAGUGCGGGCUCGGCAACAGACGCUCCAAAAUAUACAUUUUCCCAAACCUUGUGCGGAAGUUGAAUGGCGGCCUUCACAUGAUGGUGAUCCUCUUCCUGCUGGUGGCUGUGGGGUUUGCUCUGGUCAGUCUGUCUUUCUGCAUUUACAACGCACGCAAGGUUCCCUACCAGAGCAUCAAAGGGCACAAAGGACUCUACCUAUGGAACUUCAUUGCUGCUUUCUUCGGUGCUCUGGGCACGCUGUGUUUCCUGGCAGCCGUGAGGCACCACAGUCUGACCGAGCGGCUGGCUAAUCAUCAGGAGAACCUCUUCGUGCUGGUGGUCCUGGAUGACAACCUGGACUGGUCCUUCUGGCUGGGUGUAGGCAGCAUUGCCACUCACUUUGCUGUCUGUGGAGUGGUUGCCAUGAGCCGGAUCAAACUGCCCAAAACGGAGAUCAAGAAACCUGAAGAACCAACCAUUGCUGCUCUGGACCUGCUCUACUGAAGGACCAACCAAGGAGCAUUUACAUCACCGAUGGCUGACUGGAGCCAACCACAGGAACUGACAGCAAAGUGAAACCAACACUGUGCCAGAUCCCCUUAAGUCUUAAUACUGUAACCUACAUGAGUGCAAAGGACUUGUUUGUGCUGGAUAUAUUCUGUCUAUAGCUGCACAAUGUAAAUACAUCAUUAUUUUCUCAUUUUAUGUAAAGAAUGCAAUUGACGGAUCUGUUAUUCUUUUUUUGAGGCUCUUCUUUUAUUAGAUAGUGGAUAGACAAGAAAGUGGGGGAGAGAGAGAUUAGAUGACACAUAGCUAGGGGCCGCAGGUCGGAUUCGAACCCUGACCGCUGCAAAGGACUCAGCCAACAUGGGCCGCACACUCUGCUGGGUGAGCUAGAGAUUGUCCCCGGAUCUGUUAUUCUAGCCCCUUCAUGAGAGAUUUUUAUUUUAUUUUUAUUUUUUUACAGUAAUUAUUCUUGAUCCCAGAUAGAAAGUGCAGCUAUGCAUGGAUAAUGGGGAGUUCUGGGCUUAUGUGAUGAAUAUAAACUAUACCAUAAUCUUCUAUGAACAGAAAGAGACUUGUUCACUUUAAUUUGGUCUUAUGAACAUCCUCACAUCUAAAAAUAAAUCAGCUGUAAAAAUAGGAACUGUGAAAAAUGUCACUUUGGACAUCAUUAGAAAAAGAAAUUGUUGUUUUAUUUUUUAUUUGUUUUAAUUGUUGGAUUGGUUAUAAUCAUACUAACAACCUUGUGACAAACAAAUAUUUAAAGUUAACAAUUAAAAAAUAGUCAGACGCCUACAGUAUGUGUUUCUU